UGGGCAUGCCUACAAGGCUUCAAAAUAAACAAAGACCAAAAGCGGGUGAUUGAUCAUUAAGCUGCCAUAAACUUAACUUAAAAUACUUUUAGGCCAUUUUUUAGCUACUACAAACACCCAGCGUCUGAAUCAAGACGUCCCUACCGCCAUGGAAAACGCAUUGUUGAUGCGAGUGAGUGUUUUCUCCGACCAGGGAGGCAGGAAAUACAUGGAGGACGUUACCGAGGUUGUAGUGGAGCCCGAGUCSGGGGAAGACGAGCUGAACUCGGACGAACAAGACGAUACCAAAGGAGAUAGCUCGACGGUCGACAUUGUGCCUGAAAACGAGCAGUCUGAUCGGACUGUACACAACGCACUGAACGAGCCUCUAUCUGCCUCCACUACAGUUUCAUGGACACAAAAUGUACAAAAUGGGGACCAAAGUUCUGCAGUUGCACUGGCAGUUUCGACAGUGGAGAGUUCACCGGCGGAGAGCGAUAACCGCCCCCAGCGCUCAGUGGCUUUCUUCGCGGUGUUUGAUGGCCACGGAGGCCGAGAGGCAGCGCAAUUCGCACGGGACUAUUUAUGGGAAUUCAUCAAGAAACAGCGGGGGUUUUGGUCCAAGGAUGACGAGGAAGUGUGUGCAGCUAUUCGUAAAGGUUUCGUUGCCUGCCACCAUGCCAUGUGGAAAAAGCUGCCCGAAUGGCCCAAAACUCUCACGGGGCUUCCCAGCACCUCAGGCACCACGGCCAGUGUAGUGGUCAUCCGGGGGGACCGAAUGUACGUGGCUCACGUAGGAGACUCUGCCGUAGUSCUGGGGGUCCAGGAUGACCCCACGGACCAGUUCAUCAGGGCCGUGGAGGUGACACAGGACCACAAGCCUGAGCUGCCCAAGGAAAGGGAACGCAUCGAAGGGCUGGGGGGCAGUGUGAUAAAGAAGUCUGGUGUGAACCGGGUGGUGUGGAAGAGACCCAGACUGACUCAUAACGGGCCCGUCCGGAGGAGCACCGUCAUCGACCAGAUCCCUUUCCUGGCUGUGGCCAGAGCUCUAGGGGACCUGUGGAGCUAUGACUUCUACAGCGGAGAGUUUGUAGUGUCYCCGGAGCCAGACACCUGUGUUCUGACCCUUGACCCCMAUAAACACCGUUACAUCAUCCUGGGYAGUGACGGGCUGUGGAACAUGGUGCCCCCCCAGGACGCCGUCUCCAUGUGCCAGGACAACGAUGAGGCCAUGGCGCCGUGCGGGGUGUCCAGCGCUCGCCAGCUGGUGAGCCACGCCCUCCUGCGGUGGCGCCAGAGGAUGCUGCGUGCGGACAACACGUCGGCUAUCGUGAUCGCCCUGCAGGAGCCGGGUGUCCCUCAGGAACCCCUCCACCAUGAGGAGGUGCUGCUGAACCUGGCCGAGGGACAACACUGUGGCCCCGCAUCGGACUCCCGCUCAAACACCUCACUCAUCAAGGUACAGAGCAGAGGGAAUAUUAAGGUUCCAGACAUGGACAUGUCGUCUGCUGUGUGUGAGCUCCUUCCGACCCUGGAGCGUGGACACGGCCUAUCAGGGAGCAGCCUGUACGUCCUGGCCCUAUCAGAUCCCUUCGGCCCGCCCCUCUCCGACUCGGACGACUCCCGCACCGGUUUUCCCCUGACGGCAGACAGCCCCGCCCUGGGGGAGGAGCUUAGUGACGUCACCGCCAGGCUGCCCGGUGGCAAACGGACUCAGGAUGACACGUCACCCAACCCCGUCCCGUCCGCCAAGAGGACCCGGAGGAAGAAUGGCGAGGGAACGGGGGCGGGGCCAAAAGGAGGUGGAGGAAAGGACCAGAAACAGUCUCUGACUCCGUCCCCCACCAACGUUUCCCCCACGCUUUUCCAGCAGCAACACGGCAAGGCCACCGUGUGUGUGUGCUGAGAGACACACACACACACACACACACACACACACUCUACAGACGGACUAACAGGGACACAAGACAGACAAUAACAUUCUGCCUCUUCCACAAACUUUUACAAAUGACUACUGACUGAGAAACCAGUCACUUUCAGGAUCGUGGUCUCUCUGUUUGGUGACACUUUCAGGAUCGUGGUCUCUCUGUUUGGUGUCACUUUCAGGAUCGUGGUCUCUCUGUUUGGUGUCACUUUCAGGAUCGUUGUCUCUCUGUUUGGUGUCACUUUCAGGAUCGUGGUCUCUCUGUUUGUGUCACUUUCAGGAUCGUGGUCUCUCUGUUUGGUGUCACUUUCAGGAUCGUGGUCUCUCUGGUUGGUGCACUUUCAGGAUCGUGGUCUCUCUGUUUGGUGUCACUUUCAGGAUCGUGGUCUCUCUGUUUGGUGACACUUUCAGGAUCGUGGCCUCUCUUUUUGGUGUCACUUUCAGGAUCGUGGCCUCUCUGUUUGGUGACUUUCAGGAUCGUGGUCUCUCUUGUUUGGUGUCACUUUCA